CCAGGUGGGCCCCCAAAACUGCGCUGCGGCUGCUGCGGCCCCUCUGUAGAGCGCGGCUAGCUCGUUCCCCAUUCCUCUCCCUUGCUGCCUGCGGAUCGGGCUGCCCUAACCGUUCCCAGGUCAGGAGGGUUUGGGCGUUUUGCGAUCCUGGGUGCGGCGGCAGAUGAAGAAUCCGCGCUCCGAUCCCGCGCCCGGCGCUAGCAGCUCGCAAGGAUCCGAAGAAGCCAUUGCGGGUAUCAAGGGCGAGACGUUGCCGGGGUCGAGACAGCCAGCGCAUGGACAGGUCAAAAGAAGACCAAGAUCCAAAGCCCUCCUGCUUCCAUGGAUCUCGGUAUGAGUAUGACUACACGGGGUGGCAGUGAACAGGCUGAUAAUAUUGUCCGUGCCAUCAACAAUGAGCCGGAAGAAGGGCUGGGGCAGAUCGAAUUCUUUGACUGGGAUGAGGCUAUGCUCAAAAAGGAGAUCGAUUCUUUUCGCAAGAGGUACUAUGCCCUUCCUGAUAACGAUGAUUAUGAUGCUUGGGCUCCCAUCAGUGACCAGCAGCUUAAAGACAUGGAGUUACGGUUCGCCAUAUGUCGCAUCAAAGCUCACAAGAUGUUGAAGGGAGAGGACCUGAGCAUUGCAGAACUGAGAAAUAUGUACCCUCCGGCCAUGCUUGAAGAGGAAGGGUAUUUUCGCCGGGUCGAACGUCAUUUCGAAUGGUACUUUGAUCGUAAGUACUGCGAGUUUGCUCACUUGGAGGACUACCAGCGGUUAGCUCUUCGUAAUCCUUAUCAUUAUCUGGAUUGGGAGUUUUACCACAAAAAUUGUAACACACUUCAGGGUGACCGAGAAUAUGUCUAUUUCUGGGAAAAACUAUCAAGUAAAACUAAGCGGCUUAAGAAUUUCAGAAGCGCCAAAGUAAGUGAGCAAGAAAGAGUCGAGCUGGAGGUCUUUUACCAUGCUGUGAAGAUCGCAGGAGAGUGUACCCAUUGUUUUACACCUUUGCUUCACAAUGGCUACAAUGAAUAUUUGUGGAGUGUUAGGUAUGAUAAAACUCGGUAUGAAGACUCUGCUAGUCUCUAUUUUGAUAUUUGGAAACUGGUUGCUAAGCAAAAGAUGAGUUUCAAAGAUGCUUUGAAUCAAGUGAAAGAGAAAGGCAUGCGAUCGUCAUGCCAUUUUGAAUUGGAAGUUGAGCUUGACAGUGAUAGAGGGUUGUUGAUUGGUCCGGUGACACAGCAUUAUUAUACCUAUGUGGCUGAAAUUAAUGGAAAUGUACCAGAGGAUGAAGCAUAUGAAAAGGUCAUGGAGGCCGUCAAAAAGUUUAUUGGAAAAUCCAAGAGCUAUUAUGAUUAUGCCAAAAAGAAGUUGGAUAUUGCAGAAAAAAUCGGUUUGGUGCUCCCAGCCCAACGUGGCAGAACAGUUCAGAGGUCACUGCAUAAAUCGAGUUGGUUGGGAGGCAAUACCAAGAAACGGGCGGGCCAUUGAUGUUAUUACUCCAACAGAUGUGUCUAUCUAUAUGUGCUAAAAUGAAUGUAGUGUUUACUUGGUAGCCAGAAGGUAGUAUUUUACUUUGAGUAGCAUGAUAUUAAGGUUGGAUAUCGAGACGGCUCGGCUCGGCUUCGCUCGAGCUGGCUCGCUAUUAUAACGAGCUGGCUUGGCUCGAUUCGUUGUCA